ACUUAAAAUUCAUAAAAAACCAGUCAGGAAGGACUAAGUUCGGGUGCAGCCAAUCAUUUUAUAUCCUAGCAACUUUCACGGAUCUGAGCCGGCGAAAUACUUAUAAGUCAACUGUUCUAUUAACCUUAUUAACUGACAAACGACUGCUCGAUAUACCAACUGUCAACAAAACAUAAACACUGAAUUUAAUUCCAUAAGGCCACUUCGAGAAGCCACUUGAAUUAAGUAGGGUCUUCAUUUGAAGAAUGCAGAAUAAUCUCAUAAAUGAAUGAAACCUUUCUUCUUCUUCUUAAUUGGCGUAGACACCGCUUACGCGAUUAUAUAUAUGAAACAAUUCUACCUCAAAUAUAUUCAGCUUAGUUCCUCUUUAGUUCGAUCAUCGAAAUCAAAUCUACAUUUCGAGGUAUCAAAAGCUGACACAACAACUGGUAACACUUGUAUAAUAUGCCGACAUCACACCAGCUCUUUGCGUAUUCCAUGCAGCGAUUGUGUGGCAAGUGUCUUCUGCAUACCAAUUAAAGCGCCCAACGCACAGUGGCAAUGCCGAAAAAUGCUCACAUCAUUUUUAAAUGAUUUCAAAGAAAGACGUAAAGAAAGGCGAAUAAAAAUGAAAGCGAAAGUGAAAUUAAUAAAUUCACUGCUUUCUUUCGAGACUGCAAAUUAUUUUGAAAACAGUACGUCUGAAACAACGCUGCAAUGAAGAUCGAAUGUGUACGACAACGCUUAACUACGUUUACGAUUACGACGCUACUACUGAUAACAGUGGCACAAGGAUUAGAAGAAGCAGCGCAGGAGAAGACAAAAACACAUACAGGAGAAGAAGCAGUCUUUGCAACAACCACCGAUACUGCAGAUGACGAGCUAAGACUCGCUGUUGACUUCGAGCAAGUAGCGCGCAAUUUCGACAAUGCGAACCGCAACCAAUACCUCAAGUCAGCCAAUUUCAGUGUAGCAGAUAGCAAAGGACGUCAUUCCUGCGAACGUCGCUGUCAAAAUAAUCAAGCGCUCACAUGCUAUUAUCGGCUGGUGGUGCACCAUAAUCAGGCGUCGAGCGCCGAAUGCCAGCGUUGCUUUAAUAACGAAGCGGCCUGUCCGAAACAGCAAUGCAUUUACGGUGAUGGUGUGUACACACCCAUAAUAGCCAUCAAUCAAAUGCUGCCCGCACCACCAAUCGAGGUGUGUGUGGACGACACAGUUGUGGUUGAUGUCAUCAACUACCUUACCGAACCGAUCAGCAUACAUUGGCACGGCUUGCCGAUGUUUCGUACGCCCGAGAUGGAUGGUGCACCAUUUGUUACACAAUAUCCAAUCCAGCCAGCUGAGGGUUAUCGCUAUCAAUUUAAUGCAGAACGUGUGGGCAGCGUCUGGUAUAACAGUCACGUGGGUUUGCAGCGCAAUUUGGGUGUUGGUGGUGCUUUCAUUAUUCGGCAGCCGGUGCAAAGCGAUCCACAGUCCUACUUAUACGACUUUGAUUUGCCGGAGCACACACUACUCAUACAAGACUACAUUUAUGGCAAUGAUAUGAGUCGUGUGCGGAAUCUACUCAUCAAUGGUAAGGGUAGAAACCAUGCUUCGAGCAUUUCCGAUCGUGAUCCACGACAUCGCUACGAGCGCCUGCAGGUAGCGAAUGGUAAGCGUCAUCGCUUCCGUGUCGUCUACAAUAGCGUCUUCAACUGUCCUAUUGAGUUCUCCGUAGAAAACCAUAGAAUGCUUAUGAUUAGCACGGACGGCAAUGAUAUUGUGCCGGUGCUGGCCGAUAGCUUUUUCAUGAGCGCUGGCGAACGUUUCGAUUUCGUGCUGCAGGCGAAUCAGCAAGCGCGUAGCUAUUGGAUUAGGGUGCGCGGUUAUGAGGAUUGCGCCAAGGACAACGUCUAUCAGGGCGCUAUUUUGACGUAUCAAAGUGUCGUUGGGCGCGCUUUGCCACAAAACCCGUUGGCGAAAACUUCGUUCUGCGAUAAUGAUAAUGGGGAGUAUCUCACCGUGGGCGACUAUGAGCAACACCUGAAGAAAACUGUAUCAUUCGAGAAAAGUGAAUGCGCUCGCGCUGACUUCAAAGCGACAAAUGUGGCCACAGUUGGAUUGAGCGCUUUGGAGCAAGUGCCUUGGAACCGAGACACAGAAUUUCUCACACACUAUUCAUUGUUCGGUUCGCGUGCAACGGCUGGCUCUACCGAUGUGUCCUAUCAAAUCGAUGACAUCACUUUUAAAAUGUCGAAAAUUUCACUUCUGCAAACUAAUGGUCUCUACAAUGAGAAAGGCGUAUACUGCAAUCGCUCAAUGCUCGCGGCAAAGGGUCUAAAUUGUGAAACGCAGCAAUGCAUUUGCACGAAUGUUGUGCGCUUACCAGCUUACCGUGCCAUUGAAAUCGUUUUGGUCAAUAAUAAUAAUGAACCGACACCGGUGCAUUUGCAUGGCUACACUGUGCGUUUGGUGGGCCAGAAUGUUUUGGGUGGCAUAGUGAACGAGAAACAGGUCAGAGAUCUCGAUAGACGUGGUCAGCUGCAACGCUCAACCGAUGAGUAUGCCAUCCAAAAAGACACUGUGCAGGUGCCAUCGCUGGGUUAUGCGAUUAUACGCUUCUACAGCAGCAAUCCCGGUUAUUGGAUGUAUCACAGUUCAUUGGAUAGUCAGGCCGUACGUGGCAUGAUUGGCGUUUUCAAAGUCGGCGAAGAUCAUCAGAUAAAAGAGGUGCCUCCGCGUUUGCAUUGUUGAUUAAAUGUGUGGUGAUAAGUCGAGUGAUUUUGGAAUUCGUACACUAAUUUUCAAAAUCUAAAAAAUGUGUGUUUCCUUAAGUCAUCUUAUUUAUUUUUACUUUCUAUGCUUUUAUUGA